AUGGGUGCUUCACAAUCGGUCUCUGAAAAAUCCAUCUAUGAAUUCACAGUUAAGGAUGCUAAGGGAAAAGACGUGAACCUCAGCAUAUACAAAGGGAAAGUUCUUCUUAUAGUUAACGUCGCUUCAAAAUGUGGGUUUACGAAUUCCAAUUAUACCCAGUUAACUGAGCUUUACAGCAGAUACAAAGAUAAAGGACUUGAGAUAUUGGCUUUUCCAUGCAAUCAGUUUUUGAACCAAGAGCCUGGGAGUAGUCAGGAUGCAGAACAAUUUGCUUGUACAAGAUUCAAAGCCGAGUAUCCUAUUUUCGGAAAGAUACGUGUGAAUGGACCCGACACAGCACCUCUGUACAAAUUCCUUAAAGAAAAGAAAAGUGGUUUUCUAGGGUCUAGGAUUAAGUGGAAUUUCACAAAGUUUUUGGUUAACAAGGAAGGGGUUGUGAUCCAGCGAUAUAGUCCAACCACCACACCAUUCUCAUUUGAAGAUGAGAUCAAGAAGGCUUUGGGGGAAGCUUGA